AUGCUUAUAGCUUUAUCAGACUUAGAUUGUGCACUCUCAUAUGGCAAGCCCCAAAAAAUGACGCCUGGAUUGGACACGGUGCCCCAGGAGAUUCUGGAGCAAAUAUGUGUGGAUUGCGAUCCCUGGAGCAUCUAUCAACUGUCAAAUACCUCGAAAUCGCUCAGAGUAUCUCUUCUGGAGUGGAUGCCACAGCUCCUGAAGAGCUCCUUAGUCACAACAUUCUUUCCCCUGGACAAAGAUGCUUUUGCAUCCUAUGAUUAUCUCGGGCUCAAGAAGCGGAUCAGCAAGGAAAUGUCAGUAUCCGUCCCUCUCACUCUCGAAGAGGCUAUAACCCGCAGCCUGGCUAUUCAGAAGAAUCGCACCUCCAAUCUGCCCCUAGUGGUGAAGACUGACGAGUUUGUGCACCCUGAUGCCAAUUUGGCAGUUGGAAAGACCCAUUCCUGGAUAGGAGUUGAGUACGAGCCUGCACAGGACUCGAAUCUCUUGGUUCUGUCUGUAAAUGGCCUCUUUGCCAUCUACGAGAUCAACUACACAGAUGGAAGCAUCAAGCUGAUGCAUUUGUCAGAGAAAGAUUCCUGGUGGAGAUCAAAUGAAGGCUGGCUGGUGUCUGGAGACGCCGAGUGGAAGCUCGAUUUCACCUUCAGUGAUGCCCCCGAAUGCACCUCUCAUCAUCCGUACGCGGUGGAGUUUGUUUCGCGCAACCGCAAGUCCGCGGUGGUGCACCGACGACGAAUAAUGGCCUAUAAGCUGGGGGAGGCCCAGGAACUCAAGUUCGAAGUCAACAGAAAAUACGACGUGGCCAAAAAGUGGUGGAACUUCAACGACCGGUUCUCCAUUGCACGCUUCAUACCCAGAGAUAGAAGGGACUCCAACUGCCAGCUGUUCUUGGUAAACUGGGAGACCAUGACCACCCAGUUUCUGGCGGCCACUCCAGUCUGGGACUCAAACUACUUUCAGUUUCAGAAUGGAUUCGUAUACAUGAACGAGGGCAGCAUAAAACUUCGGGUCAUGAACAAGCUGGGGAAGUUACUUUGGUUCCAGGUCACCGACGACAAUAAUCUGCGUGUCAACCGGUACUACCCCAACUGGGAGAUCACGACCAUGUUUCAACGACACUCAUGGACACCCAACGAUGAUGCCAAGCAGGUUUUUGGCAUGGUGGACAACAUCCCUCAUCUCUGGUCGUUUAGCUGGGAGUUCCAGGCGUGGUUUGCUACUCAGGUCUUCUCAGAAGUCCCGUCCUGGAAAGCCGGAGACGACUGGGAAGGGUGGCAAGGUCGAGUGGACAUCUCCACAUGGAAUAAGGACUCCCCUCCACCUCCAGUCGCGCGUCGACAAUAUAGAGUGAUGCAUAGGAGGGAAGGGUAG